UCCUCCGCCACCUGCAGUACGCAACCCACUUUCCCAUACCUCUGGAUGAGUCUUCAAGUCAUGAAUGUAACCAGCGCACAAUCCUUCUCUACGGAGUCGGAAAAGAGCGUGACGAAGCCAGGCAUCAGCUGAAGAAGAUCACCAAAGAUAUCCUACGAAUCCUAAACAAGAAGAGCACCACGGAAUCAGGGGUUGGGGAUGAAGGACAGAAAGCCAGGAAGAACAAGCAGGAAGUUUUUCCCACCCUGGAAACCGUGUUCACGAAACUCCAGCUCCUCUCUUACUUUGAUCAGCAUCAAGUGACAUCUCAGAUCUCUAACAACGUGCUGGAGCAAAUCACAAGCUUUGCGUCUGGAACAUCCUAUCACCUGCCUCUGGCUCAUCAUAUCCAACUCAUCUUUGAUCUCAUGGAGCCGGCGCUGAACAUCAAUGGACUAAUUGACUUUGCAAUACAGUUACUGAAUGAACUGAGCGUGGUUGAAGCUGAGCUGCUCUUGAAAUCUUCUAGUCUGGCAGGAAGUUACACUACAGGACUGUGUGUCUGCAUUGUGGCUGUGCUCAGGAGGUAUCAUAGUUGCCUGAUCCUAAAUCCUGAUCAGACAGCCCAGGUGUUUGAAGGGUUGUGUGGUGUGGUGAAGCAUGUUGUCAACCCCUCAGAAUGCUCUUCCCCUGAAAGAUGUAUCCUGGCCUACCUAUAUGACCUCUAUGUCUCAUGUAGCCAUCUCAGGAGUAAAUUUGGAGACCUUUUCAGUAGUGCCUGUUCAAAAGUAAAGCAGACCAUAUAUAAUAACGUAAUGCCUGCAAAUUCCAACUUACGCUGGGAUCCAGACUUCAUGAUGGACUUCAUUGAGAAUCCCUCAGCAAGAAGCAUCAACUACUCGAUGCUGGGCAAGAUCCUCAGUGACAACGCUGCUAACCGGUACAGCUUUGUCUGCAACACACUGAUGAAUGUGUGCAUGGGCCACCAGGAUGCCGGCCGGAUAAAUGACAUAGCCAAUUUCUCCUCUGAGUUAACUGCUUGCUGUACAGUUCUUAGUUCGGAGUGGCUGGGGGUUCUGAAGGCUCUUUGUUGUUCUUCAAAUCAUGUGUGGGGAUUUAAUGAUGUACUCUGCACUGUAGAUGUGAGUGACCUUUCAUUCCAUGAUUCAUUAGCUACUUUCAUUGCUAUCCUGAUAGCACGACAGUGUUUCUCCCUGGAGGACGUUGUGCAACAUGUCGCUCUUCCCUCUCUCCUAGCAGCAGCUUGCGGAGACGCGGAUGCAGAGCCCGGGGCAAGAAUGACGUGCCGCCUCUUGCUUCACCUCUUCCGAGCUCCCCAGGCCUGUUUUUUUCCUCAAGCAACAGGCAAACCUUUCCCUGGAAUAAGAUCGUCUUGUGAUAGACACCUCCUAGCCGCUGCUCACAACAGCAUAGAAGUGGGAGCUGUCUUUGCUGUCUUAAAGGCUAUUAUGAUGCUUGGAGAUGCCAAGAUUGGCAGUAACAGUGUCACCACUUUAAAGAAUGAAGACUUCGGCAUGAGGGGUUUACGACGUGAUGGGAAUGCUGAGGACGCCUGGGCCACCUCACAGAAUUCGAAAUCCUAUGGGAAGAGCAUUUCCAUAGAAACUGCCAACCUAAGAGAAUAUGCUAGAUACGUACUGAGGACUAUCUGCCAACAGGAGUGGGUAGGAGAACAUUGCUUAAAAGAACCAGAACGACUAUGUACAGACAAAGAACUUAUUUUGGACCCUGUGCUUUCAAACAUGCAAGCCCAGAAAUUGCUGCAGCUGAUCUGUUACCCUCAUGGCAUUAAAGAGUGUACAGAGGGGGACAACCUGCAAAGACAGCACAUUAAGCGCAUCCUUCAGAACCUUGAGCAGUGGACAUUGAGACAGUCCUGGCUAGAACUUCAGUUAAUGAUCAAGCAGUGCUUGAAGGACCCCAGCUCUGGUUCUGUGGCUGAAAUGAACAACUUACUGGACAAUAUUGCCAAGGCAACAAUAGAGGUGUUCCAGCAGUCUGCAGACCUAAAUAACAACGCCCCCAGUUCUGGGAUAAGCCUCUUCAACCCCAACGGUAUUGGAAGUGCUGAUGCCAACAGCACAAGACAGAAUGGAAUAAAGACAUUUUUAAGUUCCUCUGAACGCAGGGGUGUAUGGCUGGUGGCCCCCCUCAUCGCCAGGCUACCAACCUCUGUGCAGGGAAGAGUGCUGAAAGCUGCUGGGGAAGAGCUGGAGAAGGGACAGCACCUGGGCUCUUCUUCCAAGAAGGAAAGAGACAGGCAGAAACAGAAAAGUAUGUCUCUUUUGAGUCAGCAACCUUUCCUCUCCUUGGUCCUUACCUGCCUUAAGGGGCAAGAUGAGCAACGGGAGGGCCUCCUAACAUCUCUGCAGAAUCAAGUCAAUCAGAUUUUAAGUAACUGGAGGGAAGAAAGAUACCAGGAUGAUACGAAAGCCCGCCAGAUGAUGCACGAGGCUUUGCAGCUCCGGCUAAAUCUGGUGGGAGGAAUGUUUGACACGGUCCAGCGGAGCACCCAGGGGACCACUGACUGGGCUCUCCUCCUUCUCCAGAUAAUUACUUCAGGAACUGUUGACAUGCACACUAACAAUGAGUUAUUCACCACAGUGCUUGACAUGCUGGGUGUUUUAAUCAACGGGACAUUGGCUUCUGACCUAUCAAAUGCUUCCCCCGGGGGAUCUGAAGAGAACAAACGUGCAUACAUGAAUUUAGUAAAGAAACUGAAAAAAGAACUAGGAGACAAGCGAUCAGAAAGCAUUGACAAGGUUCGACAGCUGCUGCCUUUGCCAAAGCAGACAUGUGAUGUCAUCACUUGUGAACCCAUGGGUUCUUUGAUCGAUACAAAGGGAAACAAAAUUGCUGGAUUUGACUCCAUCGACAAAAAACAGGGUCUCCAGGUCUCUACGAAGCAGAAGGUGUCCCCGUGGGACCUGUUUGAGGGUCAGAAGAACCCGGCUCCUCUGUCCUGGGCCUGGUUCGGCACUGUCCGUGUGGACCGGAAGGUGGUGAAAUAUGAGGAACAGCACCACUUCCUUCUGUACCACACACACACCAUGCCUAAGCCCCGAAGCUACUACCUUGAACCAUUGCCUCUCCCUCCUGAGGAAGAAGAGGAAGAGCCCACGUCCCCAGUGUCUCAGGAACCAGAAAGGAAAUCAGCUGAACUGUCAGAUCAAGGAAAAAGUGCCGCUGACGAGGAGAAGAAGACAAAGGGAAGGAAGCGUAAGACAAAAUCAAGCUCACGCAUUGAUGAGUAUCAGCAGAGCAACAUGUACCGAGUGCCUCCUAACUACUCGCCCAUGUCCUCCCAAAUGAUGCAUCACCCGCAGCCUGCGCUGUGGGGAUACAACCUGGUGAGCCAGCCCCAGCAGCCCAGCUUUUUCCUUCAGAAUCAGUCCCUGAAUCCAGGUGGCUCCAGAUUGGACCCUGCAGGCUCCUAUGUCCCAACCAACACGAAGCAAGCCUUGUCUAACAUGCUGCAGAGGCGCUCGGGUGCCAUGCUGCAGCCACCUUCCCUUCAUUCGAUCACGUCUCAGCAGCAGUUGCUACAGAUGAAGCUUCUGCAGCAGCAGCAGCAGCAACAGCAACAGCAGCAGCAGCAACAGCGGCUCCUCCGGCAGGCCCAGACUCGGCCUUUCCAGCAGGGCCAGCCAGGGGACCAGGCUGCUCUCUUUACUGGACAAUCACGGCCCUCCCCUCAGCUCCCUCAGUAUCCAGGGCUGCAACAAGCACAGACCAUGCCCCAGGGCUACACAAUGUAUGGGACACAGAUGCCUUUGCAACAGGCAGCUCCACAGCAGUCUGGAAGUGUGGUCCUCUCCCCCAGCUACAACUCCAGAGCCUACCCGGCCGCACAUUCCAGCCCAGCGCUGAUGGAAAGACUCCGCCAGCUGCAGCAGCAGCAGCCAAGUGGCUACGCGCAGCAGCAGGCCUCGCCAUACCUGCAGCCCGUAGCUGGCUCUCAGAGACUGAACCACCAGGCUCUACAGCAGAGCCCUCUGGUGGGCGGGGGAAUUGAUGCUGUGCUGACUCCCGCACAUCCCACCCUCCCCUCGGUGCCCCUGCCUCAGGACCCAUUGAGGCCCAGACAGCCGCAAGUUCGACAGCAGCAGAGACUCCUCCAGAUGCAGCAGCCCCAGCAGGCCCCCCAGCCCCAGCAGCCCUCACAGCCCCAGAGUCAGGCCCUUGGUCUCCAAGCAAUGCAGCCCCAACAGCCUUUGUUCCCCAGGCAAGGCUUGCAGCAGACCCAGCAGCAGCAACAGACAGCCGCCCUGGUGCGACAGCUCCAGAAGCAGCUUUCUAGUAACCAGCCACAGCAAGGAGUGACCCCCUGCGCACACCCUUCACACUUUUGAAUCUGAAAGAGAAGACGCGAAGUUUAUGUUUGCACUGAGAAACAGAAAAUCAAAUUUAUUAGUCAUCAUAAGAAGUCUCCUUUGGUCUUUGAGUUAUUUAUGUUUCCCUAUAUUUUAUGCUACACUUCUUGCAGAGGUAUUUAAAUAAGUAAAGAAGUUGUGGUUUGGUUUUAUCAUUUUCAAAGUAGGUUGUAAAAUGUGGAUCACACAGGCCUACUCCAGAUAGUGUGAUUGGUAGCUGACCUUUUGAAACUGGUGCUUUUUAUCUCAUAUUUACAUAAUGAAUGAAGUACGGUAGGUUUAAAUAUUUAUGUAUUAAUGAAUGAUUUUUUUUUAAGCCUGUGGUAGACCAAACUACUGAUUUGAAAGAUGUGGCAAUUCUCACGGGAGGAUGACACAUUUACUCUGCAUCCCCCUGUGAGGGCGGGGCGAGCAUUGAUUCACAUCGUUCUAAUUUGAAAUGUUGAUCAUUUCAUAAGCACUUUAUAAACUUUGUUCCCAGUUAUGAAGGACUUUGCUUUGCUUUCGUUUUGUGGUCCAAAGGUGCUGAAACAGAUUGUUGCUUAGUACUUCCGCUUCUUCAGGGCUUCAGAGAUGUGCGGGAGCCUCUUCCAAGUGACUGCACUCAACCUUGUUUCUGGUGGCCAGCUCUUUCACCAGAUUCUCCAUGAAGGUACAGCAGCUACUGGAGGUCAAAAGAGCCACGGUGGAAUCAGUUCAUUUACUUACUGCCAGUUUUGGUAAAAACUGUCCAGUUUUGGUUCUUCAGAACCUCAUGCCAACUUGAGAAAAAAAAAAAAGAUAAACAAAUCUCACAGCUGGCCUUAGAUUCUACUGUGCUUAGACUUGACACGGUUUCCAGAGAGUCUGGCUCCACAGUCCAGAAGACUCUGGUAAUUCAUCAAAGGUGUACUUACUGUUAAUUUUGUAUGGUAAGUAUUUGCUAUUUUGAAUUUAAUUAUUAAUGUUGGUGUCCGUCUUGGGUGUGUAUUGCUUAUACUGUAUUUAUAAACUGGUGCAAAAAGCACAAGUAAAGUAAAUUAUACAUCAAAUUUAUUAUAAAGAAAUAGUAACUAUUUUAACUUUGUUCAAGUAUGUGGUAAUUUGCUCCUAUUAGAGUGAAAAAAUACAGUAAAUUAUUAUCAGUUUGUGUAACUUAAGAGUAUUCCAUAUGAUAUUUUUUUAGAAUUAGAUGCAUAAAAUUUUGAAUGUGAAAAUUGCAGGGCAUUUUAAGACACAUGUAGGGAAUCUUCCCUUGUUCUUUGUUGGGUUCAUUUUCUUUUUGGCGUAUGAUUUCACAUGUAAUGUAGUCAAGCAUACUGUGAAUAGAUUGUCUGUGAAGAGCAAACCAUGUAGAACUACUUUUUAAAACUGUAGCUAGUACAACUUUAGAUAAUUUCUUUUGCAGAUCAUUAUAUAAAUAGUUUAUAUCUUCCUAGGUGAGUUACUCAUUCAAAUGACCUCAGAUACAUGUUUGCUUCCUUUGCCAUGGCAACAUCCAUGUGAACUGCUUUGUACACUGUGAAAUAUAGCCCUCCAGCCUGCUUGUUUUGUGUUUACUCUGGGCUGGGAAAGACUUUUGCCAAACAUUAAAGACCAUUCUUUUCACUAAGUGAGCAUUCUAUCUGCUUUCGACAAUGCAGUCCAUUUCAGUCAGCUUUGCUUUCCUCUCCGGAGUCCUGCUUUCAGCUCACAAAGAUAGUUCUCUUCAAAGUAACAUACCACGUGACUGCAUUGGCAGAACCACCGCAGCGUGAAUGUUGUGCCUAGUGGGUGAGUCACGCCCUGUUCCUUCUGGUCUUUACUCAACGGUUGUUGGUAGUUAAAAUUCCAGUUUCAGUCUGAACCAUCCGUUUCUGUAGCUCAGCAUCGCACACAGCAGCAGGAGUGGGAGAACUGUGUAGCGUUUGUACGCACUUUACACUUUGCCGAAGUUGGCUUACUUGUCUGUUUGCACACAAAGGCAAUGGUCCCUUUGUUGCUGUCUGUUCUAUUUCUUGAGAUGAGGAAGGUCAGUCAUGCUAAGGCCCUCUUAAAUAACAGAUGCCACGGUGGCUGAGGAAAAACCUAGAACUGUUUUCCCCUGUGCAUUAUAAGGAAAGCAACUAGAAUUUUUCAAUUUAGUUGUCAUAUUUACUGACACUUAAUUCGGCACUCUGAGAGGGAUUUUUAUUUAUCUUUCAUAGAAAAUGCAUGCGGGUGGUAUUAAAAUGGUCAGAAGGGAAACCCUUAUUGUGGAUUGUGGAUAGGAAAUUGUCUUAAGAUAGAAAGCUCAGCUUUUUAAGAUCAGACCUUGAACUAUGAUGGAAUCGGGUAUACUUAACCUUAAUUUCUGGCUAUAAGAACCACUUAAUUUAUGUGUUAUAUUACAGGCCGAUUCAUUUUAGGAUUUCAUGUCUUGUUUAUUUACCCUUCCUCAUCUAAAAGUAGAGGUAUCAUUCGACCUCUGGCGGCCAUAGAGCACUGAUGUUAACAGCAAUCAGCUCAUGACUGAGGCAGGCAUGAUGGAGACCCAGUGGAGUUAAGUCUCAAAUGAUUGACACAAGCUAACAAAGCUCUCAGCUUUAGAGUUCUAACCUAACUCAGUAAGACUCGAAAAGGCUCCCGCCAUUCACACAUAGAUGACUAUUUGAUCAGAAGCCAGAGAAAUUAUGCUAAGGAAACCCCAGACUUUCGAAUAAAAGAGGCAAAUCAUACAAUUACCCCCAUAUAUAUUUGGGUUGAAUUAAACAUGGAAUAUAAGUACAGCAAAUUACACAAAAAAACAUUCAGAUUUUAAAGAUGGGGGAACUUCAUUAUGUGUACGAGGUCUAGACUCUUGGAAAGGAGUGAUUCCUCCUUAGAAAACCUUUCUUAGAAAUGGCUCCGAACAGCUGGUGCCUUAGCCAGGUUUUAAAGUUAGAAAGUGGUUUCAUCGUCCUUGCAAAGACUUCUCAGGAUGACAAAUGUGUGGACAGAUGUGCAGCACCCUUUUCACAUUCCCUGGCGUGUGAGCGCUGGGCUGCUCUUUCCGUGGAGGAAAGCUAGCCUGCAUCCGUGUGGUUGGCAUGUUUUUUUUUUCAUGCGGGUAUUAAAACAAUGAGAAUUUUUAGCGUGAACAAAUGAACUACAUCAUAAUCAAAACGGUUCAGUGCUUCUUUUCUGUAAGUUUUUUUUAUCAACAUGUUUAUAAGGCAGUGACAAAAAUAUGUGUACAUUAAGAUGUCCAUAGACUGCAAAUUUCAUCUUUCCCAGUGUCUCCCCCUCUGAGUGCAAUGUGUGUAACACUGGUAGAAGAUGGACACUAGGCGGCUGGCCACUGAGAGCGAGAGCAAGCUCUCUUUACUAGAAAUUCAGGUGCAUUUGCCAUUUGUUAUUUUGUAGUAGAUUGUUUCUUCUUAAUGUUUGUUAUUUGUUGGCAAAAUCAAAGUGCCUUAAGUUAAAGAGUUCGAGUUGAAAUCCAUAGAAACUCAGCAUCGUUUCCUUAUGCAUUUAUUUUCAAGUCUCUUCUGCAUGUCCAUUGUAAAUUUAAUACUGUAAAUGUAUUCAGAUUCAUUUCCAUGCCUAUGGCUGCCUUUGAUUGAACUUCUUCCAAAAAAAAAAAAAUAAACCCUUCAAUGUU